AUGAUUAAAGUUUUUUUAAUUGUAAGUAGUAGUGGAAAAAUUCGUAUUCGUCGUUUUUAUGAUGAAGUAGAAUGUAUUAUACUUUUAUAAAUUAGUUGCUAGAUAAUAAUAAAUUGAAUAAAAAUUAAUUGUGUUGACUAGUAAACUAAGUCCAAAUAGUUGCAAUUUCUUUAAGGAUUUGGAUGGAAUAUAUGAUAAAAAAUGUAAAAUUGUAAUGAGAUUUUUUGGAACUUUAUAUUUUAUUGCAGUGAUCGAUGAAGAUGAAUCAGAAUUAGGUGUACUUGAUCUGAUUUAAAAUAUUGUUGAUUUAAUGGAUAAGAUCUUUGAUAAUGCUUGCGAACUUGAUGUCCUUUAUCAUCCAGAUAAAAUGAAUGCUUUAAUUGAUGAAAUUAUUGUUGCAGGCAUUGUAGUUGAAACAAAUAUUAUGGAUAUCCAAGAAGCACUUAAAUAACAAGAAACUCAAAUUAAAAAUAAAUGAGUUUAUAUUAUUUAGACACAUCCAAAAAUAUAUAAAUAUUGAAG